AUGACUCUGCCGGGGUUCGAUGUGUACAGAGUGCGGGGAUCCCACAAUGGGGUGGAGGUGACGGCCGGGCCAUUCCAGGGCGGAGGGGCCGAGCGGUCUCUGCUGUCACCCCGGAAUAAACGAGGCGGAACCAGGAGCUCGGAUCCGGAAGCAGCCCGGACCCGCGGCCACGACGGACCGGAAACACUGCGGCGGACCGGAAACACUGCGGCGGACCGGAAACACUGCGGCGGACCGGAAACACUGCGGCGGGAGGCGGUUGAGCGGCGGAGAUGCCCGCAUUGCACCGACCGUCCCGCACCGACCCUCGGGGACAUCAAGGUGGAACUGUUCUGUGAACGCGCACCCCCCCACCGGUUGAGCCUGCCAGGUGAGAAUUUCCUGGCCCUGUGCGCCAGUGAUUACUACAAUGGCUGCCUCUUUCAUCGCAAUGUCAAAGGGUUUAUUGUGCAAACUGGAGACCCCACAGGUACAGGGAAGGGAGGAUCCAGCAUUUGGGGCAGGAAGUUUGAAGAUGAGUUCAGUGAACACCUCAAGCAUAGUGUCCGAGGAGUGGUUUCCAUGGCCAACAACGGCCCCAACACAAAUGCCUCGCAGUUCUUUUUCACCUACGGCAAGCAGCCUCAUCUGGACAUGAAGUACACUGUGUUUGGCAAGGUGAUCGAUGGGCUGGAGACACUUGAUGAGCUGGAGAAACUUCCAGUGAAUGAGAAGACAUUUCGUCCCCUGACCGACGUGCGCAUCAAGGAAGUUGUUAUUCACGCCAACCCGUUGGCGUUCUGAGUCAGGGUCGGGAGUGAGCGGUGACAGGUCGGGGCCAGGCUGGACGGUGGGGCUGACCCUGGGAGAGUGAAGAUCGGCAUGCAGAUACCGGUGCCACCACUAUUCACCGCCAGACAUCACUCCAUGUUUCCCCGGCAACGUUAAUGUCACUCCAUGUUUCCCUGGCAACAGACACUGACCUGCCUGUUCAGGGUGAGCCCCUACAUCCCCUCCCCCCUUCCCCAGGUGCCCCCAUCACCUAUAUCUCUGUGCCCCCUCUCUCCCUCCCCCACCUUGCCAGUGCCUGGUGAUUCAGAGCCAGGUUUGUGACGUCUUGGUGGAACAUCAGUAGUUUGUGUAAAACAUUCAUCAUUUUGUCAGUGGUUUUAGUUUAUAAACAUCUUGUCACUGAUUUUACCUUUUUUUAAUGUAAAAGUGAAAUAAAGACGUUAUUUUUGUGAA